UCUCUCAUUCACACCAUCUCCUUCAUUUUCAUUUCAUCUCUCUGUUAAAUCCCUUUCUUUCUUUCUUCAUUCUCCUCUGCUCACUGCUCUGAUGAGCAAAGUGGAAGUCAGUAGCAGAAAGCUUAUCGAUUUCAGAAGAAGAAGUCAUCAGAAUCAUAAUCGUAAUCAUCAUCAGAUAUUAUUAAGAUGGAGAAUCAUCAAGUAGCAGUAGAAGGAGGAAUGAUACAAAACAAACACGCGGAUGCAUCUAGACCGUCUCUAGGUUUCCCACUCGGUACAGCUCUGUUACUGAUUUUCAUUUUCAGUUUGAGCGGUUUUUUCUCUUGUUGUUACCACUGGGAUAAACUCAGAUCUCUCCGGAGAUCUUUUCCGCCUGAAGAAGAAGAUACGGAUCUGGAAGCUAACAACAGCAACAUCCAAUCGCCAUCGUCAAAGCCUUCUCAAAUCUAUCCGAAUUGGAAGCAAAGUAUAAAUGAAAGUAUGCCGGUGAUAAUGCCGGGAGAUAAAAUUGCCAAGUUCAUAGCAUUGCCGUGUCCUUGCGAGCCUUACCGGCCAGAUAAAGUCUUUGUGGAAGUAGAAAAUUUGCAACAAACGCCACCACCACCACAGCCGCAGACACUUGUGUACAAUCACGUAGCUAGAUUUGGUGUAUACUAUAAUGGUUAAGAAAUGAAUUAGAGAUUAAAUUUUUGGAUUAAUAUGGAUGAUUGUUUUGAUUAAUCAAUGUAAAUAGAGAUAAAAGGAUUUGUGUAACAUUUCAUUUUGCUUAAUGAAAUGUAAUGAUCACUGAUCUGGUUCUUUUUUCAC